GUACAGCAAUAACAGAGUUGUACGUACGUAUCGCAAAAGCUGAUACGUACAAAAUUAUUGGUCGUAUUUGAUAACGUACAGUUAAAGUAUAACGCGAAGGAAGAGAACAUUUUUAUUGAUUUAAUAAUUGUUCAACAUAAAUAUUGCAAGGAGAUUGUUAAACGAACGUAAACGAAAUUCGUCUGCACUCAAUUACCGUACACGCGAAAAAUAUUCCCGGGUAAACUGCAGAAUGACAAACGUCACUGGAAAUUAUUGAUAUUACAUGGUGUACGUAUGUAACAUGAAAAGGACAGUCAAUAAAAUUGGAGAUUGGGAAGAAGGAUUUUUUUGUAGAUUCCCACCCUCCUGUUACGAAUUUUUUCAUUAAAAUAUAUGCUCAAAAUCUUAGGUGAAAUAAAUAGUAAUAUUCGAGAAUUGAAGAAUUGAUAUUUUACACGUGAGAUAAAAGUUGAAAUAAAAAGGUAAUUGAAAUUACUGAACGGAAUCGCGUGCAGUCAUGCUCUUCUUCGAUUUUUUCAAAUACUCAAAUCGAUGCAAAGAAUUGAAAUAUUAAUAAUAAUAUUAUGAGACAUUGAAUUUAUAAACAAUGCUUGGUGUCAUUGAUCGCAAAGUUGCUUCGAAUUUAAUUAUUUACGAUACCAGUUUAUCCUUCACCGGUGAACUACAGAUCCUCGCAGUAUUUGAAACGAAAUGGUCGAUGAAAAACGCCAUGGCCAGAAGAUAGUGCUGAUGGGCGGGGGGCUUGGGGACGAACAACGCCAGAGGCUCCUGAGUCAGAAGGAUAUGGAGGACGAUGAUGAGACGCCGAUUCUUGGAGGAUUUGGCGAAAAAAAAAUUUCAAAUAAUUUACGGCCAAGAAAAUGGCUGAUGGGCGUUCUAAUUUGUUUAAGCGCUUUGUUUGUUGUCAUCAAUAGCGUUUUUACGUACGGUCAGAUAACCACGACCUGGACCAGCAGACUCAGCAAUCAUAUUUCGGAAAAUGAAUUAUUUGAGGAAAUGAAUUCCUCGGUGGAAAUUCUACCCCAAGUUGCGACCGUUCCAGGAUUCGUUGUAAAAACAUCGGGAUGUCGCAUUCCAGCGUUCGAUGUCAUGGAUUCGAGCAUAGAGCAAUUUUUUAAGGACACUAAACCCUUCAAAUGCGACGUUGGAACGCAUCUCCCACUGGUCAGUUCAAAUAUGACGACAUUAUUUGUGGAUGAAAACGCGAAACAUCAUUUUUACGGUGAUUCGGAAACAGUCGAUUGCUGUUGGAGAAAAUUUUGGAGAACUGAUCAAAACGACAAUAGCGUCACAUACGACAAAACGUGCCAAAGUUUUGAUAAUUCAACAGACGUGAGCGGUUCUUUAGCGGAAUUUGUCAAAGUCGAGUGUCGAAAGAAUGGGAAGGAAAUUUACAAAGACUAUUUUUCAUUUGUACCGCGGAAACUGCAGGUUGAAAAACGUUGCAACGGUUCGCCUCACCCCGGGCCGGAAACCGGAAGACUGAAUAUUUUGAUUCUUGGUCUUGACGCAGUUUCUCGUUUGAAUUUUCACCGUACAAUGCCGAAGACCGUUCAAAUUCUUCGGGAUUUGGGAGCGGUUGAGAUGUUGGGGUACAACAAAGUAGCAGACAAUACAUUUCCGAAUAUGAUUCCCGUGCUGACCGGUUUGUCGGAGAAGGAACUUUCGCAAAAUUGCUGGACCUCGAAAAAGAAAACCUUCGACGACUGCAGAUUCUUAUGGAAUAAUUACAGCGAAGCCGGCUACAGGACGGUACUAGGAGAGGACGCGUGCGAUAUGAGUAUCUUUAAUUACCUUAAAUCCGGGUUUAAAAACCCACCAACCGAUUAUUACCUCAGACCAUUUUGCGUAGCGUCGGAAAAAGAUAUCGGAAAUACGCACAAGUUGAACGCCGAUUUGUGCGUCGGUACGAGAAAAACGUUUGAUAAUUUGUUGGGAUACGGCGAUAAAAUUGCUAAGGAAUUCUCCGAUGAUUCGUACUUCGCUUUUUUUUGGCAAGCCUCUCUUACCCAUGAUUUCGUACACUACCCAAAAUUCGGGGAUGAAUCUUACAGUAAAUUCAUCAGAGAAUCGAGUGAAAACGGAAUUAUAGAUAAGACUGCACUUAUCGUUAUGAGCGAUCAUGGAAUAAGAUGGGGAGGUUUUCGGCAGACUUAUCAAGGACACGUCGAAGAGAGCCUUCCAUUCGUUUUCAUUCUUCUGCCAAUAUGGUGGCGUCAAAAAUAUCCCGGCGCUUGGGCUACCCUCAGAAAAAAUUCAAAAAGUUUAACGACCCCUUUUGACCUUCACGAGACGCUUCUGCAUCUUUUGAACCCUGGAGAACUUGAGGAAGACGCUCUCAAUGUGAGAAACGAAAAAAUUGAAGACGGAGAAGGCACGCCCAGGGGAUUAAGCUGGUUUAUUCCCGUUCCAGAUAGUAGGACUUGUUUGAUGGCUGGAAUUCCUGGACACUGGUGCAUGUGUCAUUUGAGCCAAAAUACCUCCCUUACAGAUCCCAUAGUUAAAAAAGCGGUGGAAUAUUUGGUCGAACAAUUAAACAAUAUGAUCGCCGAUUACCCCCAAUGUGCUAAGCUGAAGGUGAAAAGUAUUAUAGACGCUAAAUCGUGGGCAGAUAAAUCACGUAUGAAACCAAAAGAAAAAUCCGCGCCUAGUAUUGAUUACACGGUAACGGUACAGACUGCACCGGGAGACGCGAUUUUUGAAGGAACUGUUAGGCACAAAACUAAGGACUCAAAGCAAAAAUUAGUUGGUUCCGUUAGCAGGCUUAAUUUGUAUGGCGAACAGAGCGCCUGUGUUGAUGAUUUCAAAAUGAGACUUUAUUGCUACUGUCGAUGAUAUUAUAAAGGCGGAUAUUAAAAAAAAAAGAUAAAACAAACAGACAGUAUAUCUUACCGAUACUAUUACACAUGUGAUAUUUUGUAUAGUAUGUUUUAAUGAUAAAUAUAUAUAUAUAUAAAUAUAUUAUAUAUUGUUAAAAAAAGUAAA